UUCAACAUGGCGGCGCACUAGGAAGCUUUGGUGUAAGAAAGAAAGCAAGCUCGGGAAAGAAAGCAGCGGGGUUCAAAAAAGAUACGCAAAGCCCCAGCAAACUCGAAACUAAAGUGGAACUAUUUGCUGCUGAAUAAACCCCCCGUUUGAAUGAGCGUGGUUAUGAAAACGUCUCAGCGUGACCAUGCUGAGGUCCACCGGUUUAUUCCGUGGGCUUGAUUGCCCGUUUUAUACUGGAGGUAGUGACGGCUGUAACAGACCGUACUGCCACUUCAGACACAGCAACAGCAGACAAAGAGCAUCCGCUGGAGUGUAUGAGCUCAGGAAGGCUAAAGAGGGGACAUCUGACUCGAACGACCAAGGCUAUGAUCCGUUUAACCCUGAGGUGGUCCGACCCGGAGAGCAAUACAAUGCCGAACCCCAGUCGAGCCCAGUGCUGGAUCCAGGACCCACGGAGCUGGAGCUGGUUAACCGGGCCAUCGAAGCCGUCCAGAGCGAAAUGGAGAAGGAGAAGAAGAAGCUGUCUCGGAUGGGCGAGCAGGGAUACGAUCCUGCAAACAGCUCUAUUAAAGCGGGUUACAGCAGGCAGACGGUUGCUGCUGCGUCGUUGCAUAGCCCUUACGAUCCGGGGAGUUAUCAGAUGAGCCAGACGUCCGAGUACAACCCGACUCCUCGCUCUAGUAAAUACACGCUGGACUCGGAGAGCAACAGCAGCAGCCACACUAACUCCAUGGAGUAUGUCCCUACGGCCGUCUCCAGAGCAGCGGUGAAAAAAUCGGCACCCGCUCCGACGUCCCGCAUCUCCUCCACGUGCUCGUCAUCCUCAAAGAAUAAGUACACGCUGGACAAUUUGAGACCGCCCACGGACAUGGAAUACGAUCCAAUGUCCAACUUUUCUGCUAAACCGGGCGCCAAGGGCAUGAAAGACAUGGGGACGGAGGGAGAUGGGAGGAAAAGAGGUCACACCGGAUGGCACAAGCAUAGCACAGACGAGGAAUAUGUCCCUGUGGCGAAGAAGCCGAGACAGCUUCCGGGUGAACCCCAAAAGUACACGGCCGACUUCGGAUCCGACGAAGAAAGUUCCGGAAACGAGUAUCGCCCUACGCCCGUGAGCCGCCUGCAGAGGCGGAAAAGCAGCGGCGACUUGAUGGACGACGAAAAAAGGAAAUCUAGAGAAAUGUCAGCCAGCAGACAGACGCUGGCUCAGGAAUUCCCGAUCGACGACAAUGAAUCUGACGGCUUCGAGCCUCUCGAUUUCGAGCAGCCGGACGACAAAGUGGAUAAAAAGUGCACCAAGAACAGCAUCCAGUUGAAGAAAGCGACACCUCAGAGCGACAAAACGGCGAGGAAAGGGAUUACAGAGUCUGUCAAGAAGAGCAGCAGCCACAAAGACAAGAAAGGAAGCAGCUGUGUAGAGAAGAUGUCCAAGAAGCCGAGUCAGGAUGGCGGGAAGAAGGAGAAGAGCCAUGGAGAGAAGAUCAAGUCCAAAGAGGCAGAAAAAGGAGGGAAAGAACUGAAAUGGAAAGACGGGAAAAGCAAAAAGCCUCCGGACAAGAAGAAAGGAGAACAGGGCCACGGAGAUAAGGAGCGAAAUCUCAGCGAGGCUAAGAAGCCCAGGUUAGACAAAGCCAAGUACAAGGAACAGAAAAACGGGAGAACAGACAGCAGAGAGAAGGACAGAAAGAAAAGCAGCAGCAGCAGCAGUGCCAUCAGCAUCAGCAGCAAAGACAAGAACAAGAAGAGGAGCUCAUCUCUGGAGAAGAAGGACAGCAAAUCUGCGAAGGCCAAGCCGCGCUCUCUGAGUCACGCCGACCUGUUUGGAGACGAGAGCCCCGAGGAAGAGGACGUGGAGGACGAGGAAGACGAGCGGGUGGUCAGGAAGUCCGCUUCGGCGUUCAAACGUGGCAGCGUGGUAAACAAGAGGAAAGCGUCCGACGCCACAGAGACGUCUUCCGAGGACGACAUUGGGCCUGGGGAUGAAGAUGAUGCACACAAUUAUGAUGAUAAUGAUGAUGAAGGUGACUAUGCUGAUGAUGCCGCAGACUUUUCUAUACUUCAGGAGGAUGUCGAGUACGACUCAGAUCCUAUGGAGGAGUGCCUCAGGAUCUUCAACGAGUCCAAAUAUGUGAAAACGGAAGACAAAGGACGGCAAGCUAAACAGCCUCCUAAAGAGAAGGAGGAAGAUCAAGAAGCACAGAGCACUUUAACCACACUCGUCCCCGGCCAGAAGAAGAGAGUUUCACAUUUCAAAGCCAAAGGAAGCACGGAGACGUCGCUGAACGUCUUGCCCAAGCCCCAGCGCAGACUGACCGCUCAGGAGAUGUGUUAUCAGCGCAUGCAGAUCGCUCAGCAGCAAGCGGCACAGCUGGCCGCGUCCACCAAGGACGCAGCCCCGGCGUCACGUCCUCUGUCCUGCGGUGCAGCAUCGGGGGAGAAACGCAGAGUGAUGCACCGCCCGAACCCCGCCCUCGUCUCAGCUAAAAAACCCGUUCUGUCAGAGUCGCAGCGCAGUGUCUUAUCACCCAGCAGAUCGGCUCCGGAUCAGUCGUCAAUCAAAGCGCACACGUCGGCCGCCAUGUUGUCCAAAACUGUGUCCACUACGUCGCAGAGGAGAGUGGCACACACUCCUACACUCAAGAGCACUUCUGUGAAGCGGCCAGUCAUUCCCACUGAGUUCGGAGCGAAAGUGCCCACUAACAUACGGCAGCGCUACCUCAAUGUCUUCAUCGACGAAUGUCUCAAGUUCUGUCCGUCGGAGGACGUCGCUUUUCAGACGGCUCUGGAAGAGGAGAAGCAGGUGUAUGAGCGCAGCAGCAGUAAAAACAUCUACCUGAACGUCGCCGUGAACGUGCUGAAGAAACUGCGCAGCAAGAGCGCAACCCCUGCAGCUCCGCCCCGGCUGGCUGCCUCCCCGUCCACCAAGAAGUCGCCCGUGUCUGUGAACAGGAAGUCUCAGUCUCACGAGGGAGUUCUGGGCGGCCGACUGGCAGCGACGACCAGCUACACCGUCAACCGCACGGGCAAACAGCAGGAUGUACAGCUCAAAGGUGCAGUUCUCUACCAGAAACUGAAAGCGUACGUUUUGACUGAGGAGCAGCUGCAGGAACACGGUUACCCAAGACCUCAUCCUGAGCACCUGGGUCAUGCCAUCAUCUAUAACGCUCCUGAGAAGAAAAACCAAGACCCCUUCUCUAAGGUGUGCUGCCGGUGCGGAGCCGAGUACAAGGUCAACACCAACGGCAGCUGCGUCCGCAAAGAGGAGUGUAACCACCACUGGGGCAGAUUACGCAGAUACAAGGUAUCUGGAGGCUGGGAGACGCAGUACAGCUGCUGCUCGGGUGCUGUCGGUUCUCCCGGAUGUCAGGUGGCUAAACAACACGUACAAGACGCCCGUAAGGAGUCUUUAGACGGAUAUGUAAAGACAUUCAGCAAACCCUUGUCAUCUGACGGAAACGCCGGAGUGUACGCUCUGGACUGUGAGAUGUGCUACACAAAGCAGGGUUUGGAGCUGACCAGGGUGACGGUCAUUAACUCUGACCUGAAAGUGAUCUACGACACGUUUGUAAAGCCAGAGAGCAAAGUGGUGGACUAUAACACACGGUUCUCUGGUGUGACAGAGGAGGAUCUUGAGAGUGCCACCAUGAGGCUGAGAGACGUGCAGGCCGUCUUACUGAACAUGUUCAGCGCAGAGUCCAUCCUGAUUGGCCACAGCUUGGAGAGUGAUCUCUUUGCCCUUAAGCUGCUGCACAGCACCAUCGUGGACACAGCUGUAGUCUUCCCUCACCGCCUCGGCCUGCCAUACAAACGCGCCCUGCGCAACAUCAUGGCCGAUCACCUCAAACGCAUCAUCCAGGACAAUGCGGAGGGCCACGACUCCAGCGAGGACGCCGCCGCCUGCAUGGAGCUGAUGAUCUGGAAGAUCAAAGAGGACGCCAAAGUCAAGAGAUGACCUCUGACCUCACGGACGUCCCUGUUUUCCCAUCACAUCCUGCACUGAGCACGCAGAGAGAAAAGGCCAUGUGAAGCCGUCUUGGCUGGGUUGUUGCACCAGAGAGAGAGAGAAGGGGAGAGAGAGAGGAGAAAGAAGGAACGAUGCCACUGCUGACCGUGAGAUUUGUGCAGAUUCGGUUGUUAAUCCGACACAAGGACUUCCCGAGGCGAAUCCCGCCUCCAUCAACGGCUUCCUCUUCUGGAAAGGGGGAUCGGUGGGCGUGUCUUUGAGCCCAUGUAUGAAUGUGAUAUCAUGAUUGUGUUUUCUGAAAUAAGUUUUAGCGGCAAAAAACGAAAGAGUAAUGCAUUCCAGAAAUCCUGUCAGGUGAAUUCAUGCUAGCGAGGUUGAAUCUCCUUUUUAUGGAUUCAGACACGCCCACAUUCCCAGCUAUGGUCUUGAAGGAACACCCACUUCGAGCUGCUGUGUGUUGUUGUCCCCCCCACCC